CCUCAACAUCCUCAGCAUCCAUCGCCAUGUUCUUUAAAUCUGAGCUCCACCAUGAGGCACUCACAACACUUUCACAGAGCAGAGAUAUGGCGAGCGAGAGAAUCGGAGACGCCCUUGGUAUUAGAGAAGACCUAAUCAAGAAGGCAUGUGAACGCGCCUACAAAUCUCACAAAGACAAAACUUUUCUCACCGAAAAGCAUCGUUCCGGCACUUCUUCUGAACUCAUCUUCAGCUUCGCUCCGUCCUGGUCCGUCUCUGAUUUCUACGCUGAUCAAACUUUCGGCGACACCAAAAUCGAUCUCUCUUUCUUUCCCUCACUCAGAAGCAUCGGUAACGACGAAACUGCUCUGGUCAACAAAGCCUUCUUCACCAGAUUCGAAGCCUUAGCCACCAGUCAAUCCUUCAAAUCAGAGGUGGACAAAGCCACGAAAGACGGGAAGAGAAUAGUGUUCACGGGCCACUCCUCGGGCGCUGCGAUUGCGAUUCUGGUGACACUAUGGAAAUUAGAGCAAGACCGGAAACUAACGAAUACGAAACCCAACCCUCCUGUCUGUGUGACUUUCGGAUCUCCUUUGGUCGGGAACCACAUAUUUUCUCACGCGACCAAACGAGAAAACUGGUCUCGUCAUUUCAUCCACUUUGUCCUGAGAUAUGACAUCGUGCCGCGAAUCUCCCUCGCUCCGUUCUCGUCUGUGGAGCGAACCAUGGACCCAAUUCUCCAGGUCCUGAGCCAGAAGAACAGAUCCUCAUCACCGGAACCGAUCAGGUACUCGGAGUUUUACAACUCCGUGCUGAAGAACGCGGCGAUGGUGACGAGCCAUCGAGCUUGUAGUCUCAUGGGAAGCACCAACUUGCUGCUGGAAACGGUGAAGAACUUUGUGGUUCUGAGUCCGUACAAGCCAUUUGGGACGUUUGUGUUGUGCACAGGAAAUGGAAAACUGAUGGUGGUGAAGAACUCAGAGGCCGUGCUUCAGGUGUUGUUUCACAGUGCUGUGUUGAGUGAGGACGGACAAGGAGAUCAAGUGGCGAGGGAGAAGGUAUUGCAGCAUUUGAAUUAUGAAGAGGAACUUAAAGAGAGCUUCCAGAUGCAGAAUGUGGUUUAUUUGGAUAAGCUUGAGGAGGUUCCUUUGUCUGCAGGUGAUUGUUCUAAUAAUGAUAAUGAUGCUGCAAAUGUUGACAGUGCCCUCAAUGAUCUUGGACUCGGAACAAGAGCGAGACUGUGUCUGAGAGCUGCGGGGGAGCUGGAAAAACAAAAGUACAGAAACGAGGCAAAGAUAGACAAAAAGAAAGCUCAGGCAACAAUGAGGGAGCUAGAAGAUUACAAAGAAGUGAGUAGAAUCCAAGGAGUGGGAUACUACGAUGCGUUCAAGCUUCAAAAAGAUGAGAAAGACUUCAAAGCGAAUGUGAAGAGGCUAUUGCUGGCAGGCGUGUGGGACGAGAUCAUCGAAAUGCUGAAGAGGUACGAACUACCAGACGAGUUCGAAGGCAAGGCAGAGUGGGUGGAGAUGGGAACUCAGUUCCGGCGAUUGGUGGAACCACUGGACAUAGCAAACUACUACAGACACUUGAAGAAUGAAGACACGGGGCCGUACAUGGACAGGGCCAGGCCUAAACGGUACAGAUACACACAGAGAUGGCUUGAGCAUGACAUGAGAAUGGAGACAGGGGCCUGCUCGGAGUCGUGCUUCUGGGCUGAGGCGGAGGAGCUGGUGAGCAAGACGAACAAGGGAGCGUUUGAUAGAGAAUUCAAGGAGAGGGUUGAGAAGCUUGAAGUUGAACUCGACAGGUGGGGUGUGAGAGGUGAGAUUCUGAAGGAUGUGUUGUUGGAAGAGACCACUUUUAUGAGGUGGUGGAAGGGCAAGCUGCCCCAGGAUUACAAGUCAGGCAAAUUUGUGUGCUAGGCUGCACAAAUAUCCGCGUGUUUCAUUUCAGUUUCAGUCAAAAUAAUUUAGCAUGUAUUUCUUGUGUAGUGGUUGCUGGGAUGACCACGGCUUUGUCGUUUUCCACGAUUGUAUCAUGUAAUAUGUUAUGUAUUAUAUAUUCCGAGGUUAAAUUCCUCGAACUUGUUUCCCAAUUCCCUUGAGUGAAUCUCUGGUGUUACUACACCGUAUAACAACUUUAAAUUGAUUUCUGGA